UUCUCGAUUCCAGCUCAACAGAGCUAAACACUGCGUUCCUUUUUUUAUUAAAAACACACAGUUUUUUUUUAUUACACUUUUCAUUAUUCCUGUGUUAAGCAAUUGAUCUGGUUAUCUCGGUCGUGAUACUAAAUUGUUGUAUAGUAUAGUCUGCAACUCUCUGUGAAUUCGUGCAAAUCUUCAGCGAAGUUUAUCCAAAUUGCAACAGAAAAAUGACUCGAACUCAGGUUGCCUCCUGUCUGCGCCGGACCACGCUGGGAUUAUUCAGGUGCCAAAAGGCACUCAUUUUCGCCAAGGGACCAAGCUUCCAACAGGUGAGAUGCAAAAGCGAAGAUGGUGGCUGCAACACCUGCAACUUGCAGGGCGUGGUGGUGGGUCUGUAUGCCAAGGAAGGUGAUAAGGGACUAAAGCUAUCGCCAGGUGGCGAAAAGUUCGAUGAUCGUGUGAGCGGCAAAAUCACCGAGUUAAUCAAGGAGUCUGGACUCAACGGGGAGCUCGGAGUGGGUCGACUGUAUCAGAAUAUAGACAAGGAGUUCUGGGCCGUGGCCGUUGUGGGUCUGGGCAAAGAGGGUGCUGGCUACAAUGCCGAGGAGGUCCUUGACGAAGGAAUGGAGAACGUGCGGGUGUGUGCCGCCGUAGGAGCCCGUGCCCUCCAAAUGCAGGGAUGCACCACUUGCCACGUGGACGGCAUGGAGUAUCCGGAGCAGGCCGCCGAAGGAGCCGCCAUGGCUGUGUGGCGAUACAAUGUGAAUAAGCGCAAGAACAACCGCGUGGCCAUACCGAAACUAGAGCUCUACGGCUCCACGGAUCAGGAUGCUUGGACUAGGGGCUUGUUCAAGGCCGAGUCCCAGAAUUUGGCCCGUCGUCUGGCCGACACGCCCGCCAACCAGAUGACCCCCUCGAUCUUUGCCCAGGCCACCGUGGAUGCCCUAUGCCCGUGUGGCGUCUCCGUUGAAGUGCGCUCCAUGGACUGGAUCGAGACGCAGAAUCUCAACUCCUUUCUCAUGGUGGCGAAGGGUUCUUGCGAACCGCCCAUUAUCCUGGAGGUCAGCUAUUGCGGCACUUCGCCGGAGGAGCGGCCCAUCCUGAUGCUCGGCAAGGGGUUGACCUUCAACAGCGGUGGGCUGUGCCUGCACCCAAAGAAGGGAAUGGACGAGUACCGGGGAGCAGUUUCCGGAGCCGCUGUUUGUGUGGCUGCCAUUCGAGCCGCAGCUGCCCUUUCGCUGCCCAUCAAUGUGUCGGCGGUGCUGCCUUUGUGUGAGAAUAUGCCAUCGGGAAUGGCCACCAAACCGGGAGAUGUGGUCACCCUGCUCAACGGCAAGACCAUGCGCAUCAAGGACAUUUCCCUGGCCGGCACUGUACUGCUGGCCGAUCCCCUGCUCUACGCCCAGUCGACAUUCAAGCCCAAGUUGGUGGUGGAAGUGGGUUCGAUGGCCAGUGGAAUUCGCAAGGGACUGGGAGCCUCGGCAACUGGUCUGUGGACCAAUAACUCCUUCCUGUGGAAGAACUUCCAGAAGGCCGGAGCUCUCACUGGCGAUCGGUUGUGGCGCAUGCCCCUGUGGAAGUACUUCCGCAGUCUAGUCGCCCCCCUCUCCUCCUACGACAUCUGCAACAGGGGCACUGGACAUGCUACAUCCUGCCUGGCAGCUGCCAUCCUGUUCGAACUGGUGCCCUGCUCGGAUUGGGUCCACCUGGACACCCACGGCACUGGAAUGCUGGCCAAGCACGGAGUGCCUCCGUAUUUGCUCAAGGACAGCAUGACGGGACGUCCGACCCGGUCCAUCAUCCAGUUCCUCUACCAAAUGGCCUGCAAGUGAUGCAUCUUCGUCCUUCCGAGUUCUUGACGACGGAUCCGGAGCGAUCCCGAUAUACUUGUCUGUAAAUUCAGUGUCCUUAAUGUGUGCUGCGUCACUUGUUAUUUAUUAUCCAUAUGACGUCCCAAUUUGUGGGUUAAUUCGUAGUCGGUAUGGUGUUAAGCCUCUGUUUAAGAGAGACUUAUUCUGUGAUCAGUAUGGUUGUAAACUGAAAUAAAUUGUCAAUAUUCGUGAA